ACGCUCUGUCAGUCUGCGGCUGUUCCGUUAACUCAUAAAUAUAACCCGCUAAGCUCCGCCCACCGACUCCUCGCCUCUUCAGUUUCGGCCAGACUCAGAGUGAAUGAAGAAAACUCUCCCAGAACCAAGAUGUUGUCUUUGGCCCGACGAGUUGUGACUCAAGGGAGAUUUAUGAGGGAUGGCAGAUUCCAGUUCACCUGUUCGCCAGAAUGUCAUUAUGUCCCUACAACCAGAAACUUGGACUGGUCCUUUUCCAUCAGAUGCUUUGGUGCCACCGCUGCUAAUUUGAACGCUUCACCAUCGCCUACAGCCAAUCAGAAAACACCCUCCUACAGUUAUGUCAUUGUUGGUGCGGGCUCAGCGGGCUGUGUUCUUGCCAACCGUCUCAGCGAAGAUGCUCAUGAGUCUGUGAUGCUGCUGGAGGCCGGUCCAAAGGACAUGCUGCUGGGCAGCUUACGACUAUCAUGGAAGAUCCACAUGCCAGCUGCGCUGACCUACAACCUCUGUGAUGACAAGUAUAACUGGUACUACAACACUUUACCUCAGGCCCACAUGGACAACCGGGUCCUAUACUGGCCGAGGGGCCGUGUCUGGGGUGGAUCCUCUUCACUUAACGCCAUGGUAUACAUCCGCGGACAUGCUGAAGACUACAACCGUUGGCAGAGAGAGGGAGCUGAGGGUUGGGAUUACGAGCAUUGUCUGCCUUACUUCAAGAAAGCUCAGUGUCAUGAGCUGGGAGAAAACAGGUAUCGAGGAGGAAGUGGACCUCUUCAUGUGUCUCGAGGGAAGACCAACCAUCCCCUUCACAAGGCAUUUAUUGAGGCAGGGCAGCAAGCAGGAUACCCCUUCACUGAUGACAUGAACGGAUACCAACAAGAGGGGUUGGGAUGGAUGGACAUGACUGUUUAUAAAGGGAAGAGGUGGAGCACAGCCAGUGCCUACCUAAGACCCGUCCUGGGUCGACCCAACCUGAAGACGGAGGUGCGCUGUCUAACCACCAAGAUCCUGUUUGAUGGCAACCGUGCUGUGGGUGUGGAAUACACACAGAAUGGAGAAAAGAAAAGGGUGUAUGCAGAUAAAGAGGUAAUACUGAGUGGAGGAGCCAUCAACUCUCCUCAGCUUCUCAUGUUGUCUGGGGUGGGAAACGCAGAUGACCUAAAACAACUUGACAUCCCCGUAGUUCAGCACUUACCAGGUGUUGGCAGUAACCUGCAGGAUCAUUUGGAGCUUUACAUCCAGCAGCAGUGCACUCAGCCAAUCACCCUGUACAAGGCCCAGAAACCUUUCCACAUGGUCAAGAUUGGCCUGGAGUGGCUCACAGUGUUCACUGGUUAUGGAGCAACAGCCCACUUGGAGAGCGGAGGGUUCAUCCGCAGUCGGCCGCAUGUCUCACACCCAGACAUACAGUUUCACUUCCUGCCCUCGCAAGUCAUCGACCAUGGACGAGUUGCCUCCAAGAUAGAGGCGUAUCAGGUUCAUGUCGGGCCAAUGCGAAGCACCAGUAUUGGCUGGUUGAAGCUAAAGAGUGCCAACCCUCUGGAUCACCCCAUUUUGCAGCCAAACUAUCUCUCCACUGAUAUUGACGUGUUGGAGUUUAGGGAGUGUGUCAAACUCUCCAGAGAGAUUUUCACCCAGAAGGCUUUCGAUGCGUUCCGUGGUCCCGAAGUCCUGCCCGGUUCUCAGGUCCAAUCUGAUGCUGACAUCGAUGCUUUUGUACGCAGAAAAGCUGACAGUGCUUACCACCCAUCCUGCACCUGCAAGAUGGGCUCACCAUCUGACCCCAUGGCAGUUGUCGACUCAAACACCCGCCUUCUGGGUGUGGAGCGGCUGCGCGUUGUCGACGCGUCCAUCAUGCCCAGCAUCGUCAGCGGCAACCUGAACGCUCCGACCAUCAUGAUGGCAGAGAAGGCCGCUGACAUGAUCAGGGGUCGCCCCGCUCUCGUCGACCAAGCGGUUCCCGUAUACCGACCGCCAACAAUCGACACGCAGAGAUGAACAGAGGGUCAGAGGAGCCGUGAGAGUGAGUCAGAAACAGUUCACAAGUCAAUAAGUUACUAGGCAACAACAGCAGUGAACAGUUUAAUGUGAGUUUUAUUUGGCAGUUGGUAGUACAGUUGGUUUACAGUUGAUCGUUUUAUUUUCCAUAAAUUACACGUCUUCAAUCAAAAGCCACGAUUAAACAUGCAGGCUCAUGCAUCAUUAUUCUAAUAUAAUACAAAGCUCAGUUGUGUGCUGGCACUCCCUGAUGACAUAAGAGCUACGAAGGAUGCUGAAAAACUGGAAAGCCACUGUGAAUGUAAUGGAAAUGUUUUCAUCAUAAAAUCUGCAUGUUACUAUGUUCAGUAUGAACAAUGCACCAUACAAACUACAGACUCACAGGACUACCGUGAAUUUAGCCGUAACAUUCUGACAUAAACCUGUUGACGUGACAAUGACUCAGGUUUAUUGCUCAUUUGUCUAAAAGCUGUCCAUCAUCCACCUGCAUUUCUGAAACAGUUUCCCUGUCUGCCUUUUGUAGUUUAUAUCUCUACUUUAAACUACAUUCAGGUAACACUCAUUUCGUUAUCGUUGCUCUUGUUGUCUGACUGAUGAUCAGCAAACCUGCAGUCACAGUAGUAGAUUUUGUUUAGUCUCUUCAGAUGUAUUAUCACCAUGGUAACAUUCCUCUUCCUUCCUGAAAAACUUGCAGCUUCAACAGUUUGACAAAAUACUGGUUUGUGGCACAGAUUUUGAAACGGCAAGAAGAAAAUAAAAAGGGUAAUUUAGCUUUUUGUCUUGUUUUACAGUAAAGUCUAAAGACAGAUAUGCAGGGAGGAUUUGAUGUUUAUGAGUGGUUGUUGAUAGCAACAGACCAACACACCUCUACAUCACUGUAAUUCAUUUCAUUGCCUGCAGACACAGUGUCAGAUGAAGCAGAUAUGGAACUAAUACAGUUUAGUCACAGAUGUGUCAGACACCACCCAGACUUCGAUUUUAUUUUGCUCCGAUCAGGACUCAAACUCAACAUGUCCUGUUUUUUUUAAUCUGGUAGUGCUUUCUCUUUAGUGUACAUCUCACAGUGGUUUGCCUAAAAUAAUAAUAUGAAGUUUCAAGUUUCAAGUUUGUUUGUUUUUCAAACCUGGGGUAAUCCAUCCAUCCAUUAUCUGUAUACGCUUAUCCUCAUCAGGGUCACGUAGGGAUAGAGCCUGUAACGCAGGUUAAAGCCAAGAAAAACUGUACCAGCGUCAUUUUUAACUUUGGUGGGACAGUAAGACAGGUACUUCGAGACUUCAAAAGUGAAACCAUUUUUGUGGUAUUUUGUUGGCAGGAAAUAAAAUGCCUCACAGACAUAUGAACAGAGAAACAUGUUCAAGCCUAUUUUUCCAAGGAACAAGCCAUACUCUCAUGACUUCAUUACAUCCAUCCCACAAGGCCACUAGUCUCAUUUCCGGACAACAGCCACUAUUUCUGCUAAUAAAGACUAGAGGACUUGAGGACAAUAAAAGUCAGCAAACUAACCUGAAGUUGCCUUCUAUAGCAUUGCUUAGAUUUUAGAACACAAUUAUAGUCAAUAGGAACAAUCGUUUUCACAUACAUACAGUACAUACUGUGUGGGGUUCAUCGUGCUGUUGGUUGCUUUGGGUGAUCUUUGCUGUUCACUCAUAAACUAUUCCACAACUUUUAAAUUACUUUUUUGCUUCAACUAGUCUGUUAGUUUAAUCUAAAACAGAAAUAUGUACAGAUUAUAGCUCAAAAUAUCAACUGUCUAAUAUGGAUGCAGUGUUAAAACACUCUUUGUGUUUAAUCUUGUGUGUGUGUUUUCUAAAAGCAUUGUGGAUGUUUACAUAAAAUAUUUUAAAGAUGAAGGCAUGUAUACCUGAUCAGUUGGUGCCUAUAACACAUACAUUAUUUUCUGAUGUCAAUGGAAAUGUCUGUAUUUGCAGUAUGUGAUUAUGAAGUGUGAUCCAGCAUGGACUGAGACACCUUGGUGUCAAUUAGAUUUUAGAAUAAGCUUCACUGAAAAGUAUUCAUUUUGAUUAAAUUCACUUAUUUUUAUGUUAUCAGCUCUAAUGGAAACAGCCAAGUGCUUAAAUGAAUUAUUAUAGUCUUAUCAAGCUUUGCACUACACAUGAAGUAUCUAUCAUUACUGUGACGAUUAUUGUUUACAUUAUAUACAGUGUUGUACAAUAUUACUUGAAUGUUUGAAUCAUUUCUGUCCUAAUGAAGGCUUAACGUAGGUCGUAAAAGGGAAAAUUAUUAUAAAAACCUCUUCCAUCCUUUAUAUUUUAUGGUUGCAUGUGUGUGUGUUUUCUUUCCCUUGAUUGUAAAGAAAACACUUUGAAGCAUCCUGACCUUGUCCAUAUGACUUUAUUCAGUGAUCAUUACAAAAAUCCUCAGCAGGUUCAUUGUCAUUUCAGGCAAAAAUUCAAAUGUACAAAACAGGAUUGUGUUUUCCAUUGGUACAAAAUCUAUAAGAUACUAGUACUUAUGCUACAAAGUAGAUUGAGCUAUAUAUUUUUUUCAUUUUCAUACAACAAAUGGGUAGAAAGCAGAAAUCUUCAAGUUCAUCACUUAACAUUGUACAGAUUUUAUACAUUGUUGUCAUUUCAUCUGUAAAGCAGUGGAACGGUACAAAAAAUAAAGCUGUCAGAUGCACACAAAAAGAUUAGUUUUGUCUGUUUUUUGUCACUACAUUUUUUUUUGAUAAAAGUCCAAUGUACUGUGAAUGAACCAGAGAUGUCUGUUGAUUGUGGCGUUGCUGGCUGUUGUUUCCUGUAUCGAACGUGUUGUAAGUCACACAGACUCAUGAAAUAAAAUCUAGGCUGUAUGAUGUCAUACAACGUUGGCCAAUCAAUGAAACUGAAUGACUACAUCACAACUAUCUAAACUAUCACAGGUUUGAUCCCCGCAACAACCAUAGUCCCUUUAACUGUACAAGACGCUACCCUCGUCGGCUCAGAAAUGUGUUUGAGAGGAAUGUGCAGCAAAUAUUCUGCUUACAGCUUGUGUGUAAUAUGGCUUUGGAAGAGCAUAACCAAUGUUACUAAAACUGUACAACUGAAUCUCUGGCUGUAUUUACACAAAAUGAAGACACCUUUAAAAUGAUCAAAUCAAAUAAAAAACUGAGGUGACUUU